AUGGAUGAAGGAAUCCCGCCAGCAGUGGAGCAGUCGGUGAUGUUAAUGGAAGAAGUCUCACUCCCAGAUAGUGAGAAUGCUAACCCGAAUAUUCCUCAUCGACCUGGAGUUGUUGUAUUGUUGGAAACUCGUAUUAGUGGAAUGACUGCAGAUAAAGAUAUUCGGGCAUUCGGUUUUCAAAAUUCAUUUAGAGUUGAAGCGCAUGGGUUUAGUGGUGGAAUUUGGAUUCUUUGGAAAGUCGAGAUUGAUGUUGAAAUUCUAACAAUUUCGCAUCAAUUUAUUCAUGAUAGAUGUUGGUCGGCUGAAGUAUUUAGAUGGUUAUAUUUUACGGCAGUUUAUGCGAGUCCUCAAGUGGAGAAACGACGCUUAGUAUGGAGACAUCUUAUGAACCUUGCUCCCGGCGAAAAUGAAGUUUGGAUCAUGAACAGUGAUUUUAAUUCCAUCAUUCACCUUGAUGAGAGGGAGGGAGGCUCUAGUCGUGGAUCAGGAAGUGGGUUUGGAUCAUUGUCCUCUCCUUCUGUAAAUACAGUAUAUCUCGAGAAUACAUGGAAUCAGGCUGUUUCGCUUUAUUGCCGCUUGACAGAUCAUCCUCAAUUCAAGAGCCUCAUUUCGGAAGCUUGGAAUAAGGAUGUAGAUGUAUUAACCAAUAUCAAUUCAUUUAAGAGCAAAGCUACCGAAUGGAACUUAGAGGUGUUUGGGCAUAUUGGGAGGAAGAACAAUGAAUUACUGGCACGAUUACGAGGUAUUGAUAAGGCCCUAAACUCGAUUUAUUAUCGACGAUUGGAGGAGUUGCAUUCCAAGUUAAAAAGUGAGCUGGAAUAA